AUAUUAGUUUUUUUAUCGAUUGUGGUGAUUACCACAUUCGACAAAAACAGAUAAUUGUUAUUUUUCGUUUAGAUCCUUUGUAGUGGAAAAUUUUGAUAUAAUAUGUGUUAAAAACUGUAAUUGGCAAUAGAAACAGUGAUCGAGGAGUGGAGGUGUAUAAAUUUAACUAACAACCAAAGAAUUAACGACAACAAUGGCAAUGCUUACCCGUUUAACAAGUAGUGGAGCAACCACUGCUGCUGUGGCAGCUCCAGGUUCACCAAAAGCAUUGCAACGUUUCCAAAACUGUGUAGCUUUUCUAUGGCCAGCUUUGCAGUCUAGCGGCCGAUCUACUAAUGUUCAACGAAAGUCUACACAAGUCGAUGCCAUCGAUAGUUUCACCAAUGAACUGGUGGAGCGUAAAAGCAAAAAGUGGGAAGAGUUAAGAGAAAGUUUAAUGAAAAAGAAGGAGGUCGGUGGUGAACCAACUUUAACCGCUAGUCAACAACAAACCCAAACAAAGGCACCAGUAAGCACAACCAGCAGCUUUGCUCAAAGUUUAGGUCUAAUGUCCAAGGCUGUUAUUAAUGAUCUACAUGCUAUACGUUCGCCCGAACUGGGUCUCGAUAUACGUUCUUUAUCACAAGCUCAACUUGACAAUUUGCUCAUGUCCACUUUGGAAAUAAAAAACAAAGUGGAUUUUUUAUAUUUGGUGCGUCAAUGUAUUCGUUGGCAACAAUUGCCCUCCAACGAAGUGUUGAUAUCGUGUCUCAAGUAUCUUUCGAGUUUGUCACGUAUCCAACAAAUCGAAUCAUUUGCUGAGAUUUGCAAAAAGCAAAGCCAUCCAUUAUCGAAAAUUUACGCAGAUUUGGCACCAUUUAAAGCUAUGGCUUUGUGGCGGAGUGGUGGUGCCGAUAUUGCUCUGAUGACUCUACAUCGUGGCUACGAGUCCGGGGCUGUUACCGAAGAUGGCAAGCGAAUGAUGAGAGCGGCUUUUCGAACCAUAGCCGAGGAAACUUUGGCGCAGAAAAGUGAAGCAGUUUUAGUGUCGUUAAUGGAAGUGGCUAGAUCUAUAUACAACACUCACAAGGACAUUUUCGUUGUGGCUUGUGUGUGGAAGCAAUGUUUUGUAAGUGAUUGGUUUUGUGAUCAAAAAUCGGCAGCAGAUUUGUUUGAACAUUAUGAGGAAUUACAGCAGUUGGUGGCAAAAAGAUCCAGUUCCUUGUGCGCCUCUUUUCUUAGUCGCAAUAAUGUAGAUGCGGUCCAUCGUCUUAUUGAAGUAUUUUUACAAUAUAAACAACGUGAUGCUUGCUCUAACUGUCUCAGUUUAUUAUUCAACUAUCAAUAUAAUCGGAAAGAUUUACGUGCAUGUGCUGAAAUAAUCAAGUCAUGCAGUGAAUUGGAAAUGCCAUUAAAUGAAGUACAAAAUGAACAGUUCCUCAGUUUGUUUCUCAAUCAAAAUGACGACAACAAAGACUGUGGCAAUGGCCCAGUUGUGCGUAAUAAACCUGCUCAGAAAUCACAAAAAGAAUUUCAGUAUAAAUUUUAAGGAUUCAUUAUGGAAGUUAGAAUUAUUUUUAACAACUUUUUACGGCACCAUCCAUAAGUUUUUGAUUCUUAAGUUUUUUUAAAGGAGCAAAUGGUUUACGAACAUUUUUUAAAUUAGAUCUAGUCGUUAUGAAGAGUAGUAAAUCAUAUUCCUAUAAUGGGUAAUACAUUAUACUUUGGGUAAAACAAUCAAUCAAUCAUUUAAUUAAUACGUGUAAGCACAAAAUUUAUUGUAAACUGUUACGUUGUGUUUUAAUAGUUAGAAUGAAUUAUUAUUACUGACGUUGAAGCAAUGUUUUAUUAUUAAAUCCCAUAAAAUUAUUAAAUAAAAAAAAUGCAAGUUUAUUUAAA